AUGUCGACUCCAGCUAGGAGAAGACUCAUGAGAGACUUUAAACGUAUGAAGGAAGAUGCACCUCCCGGUGUUUCUGCCUCUCCAUUGCCAGACAACGUGAUGGUGUGGAACGCAAUGAUUAUCGGACCUGCAGAAACACCGUACGAGGACGGAACGUUCCGUCUACUGUUGGAAUUCGAUGAGGAAUACCCUAACAAACCUCCGCAUGUCAAGUUUCUCAGCGAGAUGUUCCAUCCUAAUGUGUAUGCCAACGGUGAAAUUUGUCUAGACAUUCUUCAGAAUAGGUGGACCCCAACAUAUGACGUGGCUUCUAUCUUGACAUCAAUCCAGAGUCUGUUCAACGAUCCCAAUCCAGCAUCGCCGGCCAACGUGGAGGCCGCUACACUAUUCAAAAACCAAAAGCCUUUGUACAUAAAACGUGUCAAAGAAACUGUGGAAAAAUCAUGGGAAGACGAUAUGGAUGACAUGGAUGACGACGAAGACGAGGAUAGCGACGAUGAAGCGGAUGGCAACGAGUGA